AACAAUUGUUUCUAUAUUUUUAUGGUAAUACCCAACGCUAAUUAUGCCGAAGACUAAGUCAAGGCCGUCAAGGCCAGCAAGGCCAGCCCCCACGGAGCGGACGUCCAGGCGACCUCGACUCCACGCCGCGGCUAGGGAUGAGCCCCAGUCAGUAGUGCAGGCGGCAACCCCACAGGCACGUUCAAGCCCAGUUGAACAGUCAGCGCCACAGGCGCCCACAACCAGCGUUUGCACAAUACCGGUCACUGAGCCACCUGUGCCCACAGUGGGGCAGAUUCAGGGAACUGGCUCCAGCAGCAGACCAGCUACCCCAACCCAUACCAACAUCCUUCCACAACGUGCUCUUGAAGAUGAAAUGAACCGCCUUCUCAUGUCAUCACUAGCCAGUAACACUACCAAAGCUUACGCUGUGGGUCUGCAAGCUUUCGACCAGUUUAGAUUAAAUCAACAGUUGUCCAUCCUUUGGCCACCACCUUCAAAUCACAUUUUAAUGUUCAUAGCUCACCUGUCCAUACAAGGCUGCAAACAAACCACUGCUAGGGCCUAUACAUCUGCAAUUGCAUUUAAAUGUAAAGUAUUAGGGAAUGGUGACCCUACAAAACAUUUCCUUGUUGGUAAAGUGUUAGAAGGCAUGAAAAGGCAAAAUAACAACAGGGAUGUGCGCAUGCCCAUAACCCUAGAGAUUUUGAAUCAAAUCCUUCAUAAGUUGCCUGUGGUAUGCCAGGAUAGCUAUGAAACUUCACUGUUUGCUGCUGCGUUUACCUUGGCAUAUUAUGCAUUAUUAAGGGUGGGGGAAUUAGCAUUAUCUAAGGGUAACUCACCCGAUAGAAUCAUCCAGGUUCAGCAUAUUUCAAUUCAACACUCUAUUAUCAAUCUCCUUAUUAAAUACUCCAAGACGGAUCAACUAGGCAAAGGAACCCACUUGCGCAUCAAUGCCACUGACACCCAAUUUUGUCCAGUCAAAAUUAUGAACAAAUAUUUACAAGUUCGGCCAAAUGUUACAGGCCCCCUGUUUUGCCACUACUCCGGCCAACCACUAACCCGCUAUCAGUUCUCAUCAGUACUGGCAAAAGCCCUACAAGUUUUGGGAAUCAACAGCAAGUAUUACAAAUCUCAUUCAUUCAGGAUAGGGGCAGCUACCAUGCUGGCACAGCAGGGCCUAUCAGAACAAGCCAUACAAGCCUCUGGGCGAUGGCAUUCACAAGCCUAUAGGUCUUACAUUAGGUAAUGCAUAUUCAGCAUUCCCCUUCACUCAACUAACCACCGGCAGUUGGCGAUUAAUUAUCAUGUUCCCUCUCUUAAGAUCUUCAUUUUAAUUCCCUAUUUGUAUCUGUCAUUAUUUUAACAAAAUAUUUGCAUUCCUUAACCAAUUUAAUCCAAGUGGUUGCAGAUCCAGUAAAUGUGUGGAUUUUGGGAUCUUCCAUUAUCAAACAUGCUACAGUAGCAGCCUCACAAAGAAUCGGAGGAACCAACCUAUCCAUUCCAAAUGCCAACAUAUGGUGGCAGGGGUACAGUGGCAUGAAACUUUUGGACCUUGUCCCUAAACUCAAGUACCUCAAAGGCCUCAAAUUGCAAAGUCCUCCUCACAUUAUUGUCGUUCAUUGCGGAGCCAAUAAUGUUGGCAAAACUCGUCUUGACCGGCUGUUGACCAUGGUACAUGACAUUCUGUCUCAAUGUAAAACAUUAUUCCCAAAAACCAAAUUUGUGUGGUCCUCUACCCUCCCCAGGUUAACAUGGCGCUAUUCAACAAAUACAAAAGCCAUGAACCAAACCCGAACCCGAGUUGACCGCCAAGCAAUUAAAACCAUGGUGAGCCUGGGAGGGGCCUACAUCAAGCAUCCUCAAAUUAAAAUCAGUCAUACCCAACUUUUUCAUAGUGACGGUACCCACCUAUCCAAGUUGGGGAACGACCUUUUUCUCAACAAUUUACAAGGGGCUAUCGAACACAUAAUGGGGGUCAAAACCAAGUAAAACCAUCCCAUCCUCAUUGGCAUUGGUCGGCGGUAUCUAUUUGAGGUGGGGACGUGACGCCGUCACCAAUAUGUAGGACCUUUGGUGGCGGAUGCAUGUUCAUGCAUGUGGCGCUUUCGUCAAACCCCACCUCAAAUGGAACAGUGUUUUCUAAACCGUGUAUCAUUUUUGUGGCGCAAAUAGCGCUUUUCAUCAUUGCAACUUUGAUACAUGCAAAUUAUUAUGUUUAAUUAUACAAUUGUGUAUUAAAUGGGAUAUUGACCCAUUUAACCUUAUUGCACUUUAAUGCAGCUUUGAUUGAACUUUGAACUCUGAUUGAACUUUGAACUCUGAUUGAACUUUGACCAUAUUGCAUUUUGAGUGGCGUUGUGCAUUUGUGACCUACCCAGUGCACAAUUCAGCCCAUUUUGGGGUCGCCACACUUGAUUGUUUGUUGUUGGGGAGACGACCCUGCGGCCGCUCCCAAAUUUUGUUCCUUUUGUCACCGCGACCAAAUAAGCCAAUUACAUUAAAAUAAAUCCCACCCAAAUUUUUACUUUGUGUCUUAUAUCUGUGAUAAUAGCGCAUAUUAAAGCGCAGUCUCAGAAUAUGCGCAUUUAUCUCAGUUUACUUUCCAUGCUCAUUCCGGAUUUAUCCGGGUUGCGCAUGCUGAGUUCCAAAAUAGUUUUUUACUAAGUGCUUUUCUAUAUUACGUCAUAUCCUUCUUUUCAAUCUUCACGUCAUACAAACUGGUAGGUUAAAAUUUUCUCUGUUGAAUUAUCAUUAUUUGCCUAACUAUUUCUUAAAAACCCACCCUCCCUCCCCUUUUGUUUUUUUUUUUUAUAAAUUUGUAUAAUGUUAUAAUUAUUUUGUUGAAAUCAGAUACUGCUGUCUCUUUGUGUUAAAUUUUCAGGUGAAAUCCCAAAUCUGGACUUGCAGCCCUUCAAAGUCGCGGUGAACAUGUUGAAGACCUGGAUGUGAAUUUGAACCGGCGCUUUCGUCAAACCCCACCUCAAAUGGAACAGUGUUUUCUAAACCGUGUAUCAUUUUUGUGGCGCAAAUAGCGCUUUUCAUCAUUGCAACUUUGAUACAUGCAAAUUAUUAUGUUUAAUUAUACAAUUGUGUAUUAAAUGGGAUAUUGACCCAUUUAACCUUAUUGCACUUUAAUGCAGCUUUGAUUGAACUUUGAACUCUGAUUGAACUUUGAACUCUGAUUGAACUUUGACCAUAUUGCAUUUUGAGUGGCGUUGUGCAUUUGUGACCUACCCAGUGCACAAUUCAGCCCAUUUUGGGGUCGCCACACUUGAUUGUUUGUUGUUGGGGAGACGACCCUGCGGCCGCUCCCAAAUUUUGUUCCUUUUGUCACCGCGAC